CUGCAAGUCUCGAGCGUGACUUCAGUCCAGGAGAGACCAUGUCGGCCGCGAUAGGCAAACUGAAUGCACCCCUGCUCCCAUUUAAAACGAGUUCUCCAUGAAAUAACAGCGACGUGGGGCCUCAAGGAUGGCCAACUCGGGGGCUGUUCAGGUGAAACUAGAACUCGGUCAUCGUGCUCAGCUGAGAAAGAAACCCACUGUGGAGGGCUUCACCCACGACUGGAUGGUGUUUGUCCGAGGACCAGAGCACUGCAACAUCCAGCACUUUGUGGAGAAAGUGGUUUUCCACCUCCACGAGAGCUUCCCCAAACCAAAAAGAGUGUGCAAGGACCCACCUUACAAAGUGGAGGAGUCUGGAUACGCAGGCUUCAUCUUGCCUAUUGAAGUUUACUUCAAAAAUAAGGAAGAACCCAAGAAAGUCCGCUUUGAUUACGAUCUGUUCCUUCACCUGGAGGGCCACCCACCUGUCAAUCAUCUGCGCUGUGAGAAGCUCACCUUCAACAACCCAACAGAGGAAUUUCGAAGGAAGCUGCUGAAAGCCGGAGGGCAACGGGAUCCUCACAAACGAAGUUCAGAAGACUCUAAAGUGAUGGUAAUGCAGGAGGGCUCCACCUCCCUGUUCACCCAGCACCUGAAGCUGCCUACGCUCCCCAACACCUCGCAUCUGACACCCACCUUCUCUGAUCCAAAGAAGAACAAAAGCUUCCAUGGCUCAAAGGAUGGCUCCAAAGGAAGCGGUGUCACCCUUCUCACCACCGCCACAACCACCAGCACCACCAACAGCAGCAGCUUCUCCAAACUUCACAAGCCCUCCAAGGACCACAAAGACAAGCCUCCAAAAGACUCAAAAGAGCCAAAAAGUGCCUUCAGAGACUCCGACUGGGAACCCAGCAAAACCCCCAAAGAACCUUCCAGGAAACCCAAAGAGAACCAACCACUUAGAGAUAUCAAUCCUAAAAUGGGCUUCAAGGAACCCAAGUCUUUGUCCAAGGAGCAUCGGACUGAGGGUGGGAACCACGGGGCGGUUCUAAACAAGCGUCUGUCCACCCCCGACCGUGACAAUCGCGUGACCAAAAAACGUAAAAAGGGAUUCGGAGAUCCAGCAGGGAAGCCACCGUCUGGGUCAGACACUCAACAUUUGGAUAAGAAUCUCUUGAAGGAUAGAAUGAGUAAACUGCGACCAGAAGCUACUGAGGCAGACCGAAGGAAGGUUUCCACGCUGCUACCGUUCCAGGAAAGGGUGAACCCCAAUGACUCGGAUAUUGAGGACCAGUCUACCAAAUCGGAUUCAGAACAGCCCAGUCCAGCCAGUUCCAGCUCCAGUUCAGGCUUUGCUCCCACACACCACCAACGGCAAGUGGUGGACUUCAUCAUCAGGAAAAGGGUGGCUUUACCUGGCCCCACCCAUACAGUGCUGGGCCCGCUGCAGUCGGUGCUACAGGACCUGCACUCCGAUGAUAACGAUGACGAUUCAGAGGACGACGACGACGACGACAACGACAUAGACUCCGACGUGGAGCGACCGCCACACGCGCUUCUCACACACCACCAACGCAGGGUCAGUUUGAGUGAUGGCAGUGAGAGUGACAGCUCCUCACCCUCCCCCCCAUCCCGGAAUGAAGUCCCACCCAUACUUAAGACUACUGCUAACCAGAUAAUGGAAUUGAAGAGUCCCAGCAAGCAGAGGAACAGAAACCUAGACUGUGAUAAGGCCUACCUGGACGAGCUGGUGGAGCUGCACAAAAGACUGAUGACACUCAGAGAAGGUCAUAUACUGCAACAGAUUGUGAACCUCAUUGAAGAGACGGGACACUUCCACAUCACAAACACUACUUUUGACUUUGACCUUUGCUCCCUGGACAGAAGCACGGUGAGGAAGCUGCAGAGUUACUUGGACACCUCAGGGCUGUCCUGAGGCUCUGAGCAGCUAGCUGCUGAUCCGUCUCCAUGUAGACUUUUUUGAUUUGUCUUGACUGAACUCCACCUUUGGAUGCAAUGCAAAGGCCCCACCGCGACUGGGUCCGGUUUACUGUGUGUCCAGCCUGCCGCUGGGACCAAGCCCUCUCAAUGAAGAGGUUGUCCCGCUGCAGGACCCAGGGCCCGGUGGUGUGGGUCAUGAGCCCUGUGAAUCAGGGGAUCACCCAGAAAGCCUUUAAACCGCACUUGAUUUCUGAGAGAGAAAAGAAGUGGUUGCUCUUAAUGAAUGUGCUUUUUGUCACCAUGUAUUUUCCUUGAUUUGUGUUCAUCGUAACAAAUGCAUGGUCAAAAUUACCUUACAACAUAGUAUGUCUUAUUUAUUUGUGUGUGUGUGUGUGUGUGUGUGUGUGUGUGUGUGUGUGUGUGUGUGUGUGUGUGUGUGUGUGUGUGUGUGUGUGUGUGUGUGUGUGUGUGUGUGUGUGUGUGUGUGUGAGAGAGAGAGAACUAGAAUAACACAAGAUUGGACUUUAUUGAAGCACUUCACAGGGGGCAUGUCUUUGGAUCUGUGACAGUGGAGCUGAGGACAUAAUGUCCCCUCUGAAUCAUGUCUGUGGGAUUGACGGCAGCAGGUCUGCAGAAAGCGCUCCUCUAGUGAGGCCAGUCUCUGAGGAUCUGGGGUUAUCAAGUUCCAGAAGCAAGCAAGCAGCAUUAAAAGAAGUCUCCAUUCCUGGGCAUACUGCGCAAAACUCAGAGUGCUCAUAAGAAGUGAGCAUAGUCCCGGUGAACCGUUUAGGAUUAAUGCUGUCACUGUCACAAUUUUUUUUUUCACAAUUUAUGAAUGAAUUUGAAAUGUGGAGGAGAAACUUGGAGGCUUUAGUUGCAGAGGAGACCUGUGAAUCACAGUAAGCACACCCUAAAACGUACCCUAAUUUAUGAUCUAUCUGAGUCCAAAUGGACUUCAUUUAGCAUUGUCUUUACUGGGGAGAACUGGAGGUUGCCACAGGGCAUGAAAAUAGAAAUGUACACACAUGACAUUGGUUUCAUGCUUACUACAAGCCAGAGCCAGCGUCACAGAGGCCUUUUAGAAUGCAGAUGCUUUCAUCUGAUGGAAAGCCAAAAACAUCAAAUCUUCACUGACUGCUUAAAGCUCUUAUGUGUGCAAUAACACAAAUACAACACUGUGGUUGUGACAAAGCUGGAGCUGACCAACUGAAAACCAACAUUUUAGGGCAUACCAAUCUUCACAUUUCUGUCCUGUUGUACAUGAAUUGUAAGCCUGCCAGACUAAUGAGUACUUCUGCACCUCUUCAGAUAAAAAGAUGAAAUGGCACAAAUUAGCUUCCCAGCUGUGAGGAUUGGCGCACACAUUGUUUCAGCUGCAACAUCACAAUUCCCAUAUUUUGACGACAUAAAGUGAAGGAUGCCCUGCUCAUUGGCUGCAACUUAAAGACUGCCUUGUUAUGUUGGCUCAUGUUCUGUCAACAUGCAACAUCAUUAACAGAUCCAUUUGGUUUAGGAGACAUGUUUAUCAUCGUAAUACAAUUGAAGGGAAAUCAUAAAUAUUCCAUCUGGAGAAAUGUAUUUGUAGAACAAACCCUUUGUGAGGGGACGUGUCCUGCAUUGCUCAAACGUGUGAAAUAUUUUGGUACAUUUUUACAAAAGAGAAGGUCCGUAAACUGAUCGCUAUUGUACAGGUGUAAGAGGACAAAUCAUCAUCUCUUUCAUUUAUUUAGUGGGUGUUUGAAAGCUCUGCAUUCCUUUUUCCUUGGUUCACAUGAGCUGAGGGUUCUCAUCCUGCCUUCUCUUAUGGUUUAUUGUGUAUUUUGAAGACAUCCAAUAAACAUUCUUUAUGAUGUACAGAUGAAUAAUCAAAA